UGUUAUUGCAGUGUAUACUGCAUCUGCAUUUGCACAUGACAACCUUUUGCGCCGCGCUUCGCCGUCGAAUGCUGCCGAGUUUGCACAGCUUCGUGGCAGCUCAAAGCAGUGUGCAGACUAUGGCAUCCCUGCAUUGAACAAAAUGGUCCACGACCAUGAGUUCCCUAAAGUGGGAAAGAUUGCCUCCAUUCUUGAACACGACGACGAUGCACGUGCCCUAUACAAUUCAAUCCAGCACCAGAUCCCCAACAUCGGCGUCCGGGAAAGCAAGAGCCAUCAUACGGAAUUUGGUGACGACACAAAGCAAUACCCCGAAUCGGACCCUGACUGCUGGUGGUCCAUGUCUGGCUGCCACAAACCUAAGCAUGACACCAUUCCAGCGGACGUGUACCAGUGCCCCGGAAAAGGUACGUGGGGCCUCACGUUUGACGACGGCCCCUACUGCGCACAAAACAAAUUGUACAACUUUUUACAAGAGCAGGAUCUUCGUGCCACCAUGUUUUUCAUCGGAGGCAACGUCAUCAACAGCCCUUUCCAAGCGCAGCGCGCUUUGGUGGAUGGACACGACAUCUGUGGACACACCUGGUCACACAAACUCAUGACUACGCUCAGCAACGAACAAGUGUUUGCGGAACUGUACUAUACGGCCAAGGCGAUCAAGAAAAUCGUCGGUGUCACGCCCCGAUGCUGGCGUCCACCGCAAGGCGACGUUGACGACCGUGUCCGAGCAAUUGCCACGGCGCUGGGGAUGCACACCAUCAUGUGGCAGGAGGACACAAAUGACUGGCAGCUCGGCGAAGGCGCGUCGCGCAAGAAAAUCGCGCACAACUACCACAAGAUUUUCGAAAAAGCAAACCACGAGUCUCCGAUUGUGUUGACACACGAGCUGCCCAAAACCAUGUCUGAAUUCAUUCGCAUGUAUCCCGAUAUGAAGGCAGCGUACAAACACGUUGUCCCAGUUAGUGCAUGCGUGAAUGCAACCAACCCGUAUCCAGAGCAAAUCACCUACCCUACCAUGCAGCAAUUUGUAUCGGGGCAGCGCGCCUCGCAAGGACUUCCUAGUGGCGAACGCAUUCGUGUAAAUCCAGACGCAAAGCCCACCUUUACUCCGACAAAUAAUCAGCAAAACAGUUUUUCAUAG